AAUUUUUCACCUUUUCUCAUCCUGUGCUAUCAUUCUAUCUCUAUUCCUCACCACCUACAUUUUCGUUUUUUUUUUUGCUUUUGUCUGAAACGAAACGCAUAUCAACUUUCAUUCAUGAAUUGAGGAAAACAACUACAAAGUAAAAGCAGUGAUGGGGAAGUGGCCGUCAAGUUCCGAUCAAAAUGACCAAAAUCCAGAUGGAAUCAUGACAUCUACUUUUGGUAGAGACGUGGAGUCGGUUGCUUUCGCGGUUUUAUUAUUUUUGGCAGCUGGAAUUGUACUUUUUAUCUCCUGUUUCUUUGUCACCAAAUGCUUACAAUGCUACAAAGCCCGACAGCGGCGACUACGACGAAAAGCUCUCGGCGAAGACGACGACGACGAUGAUGAUGAUGAUGAUGUUGAUAAUGAUGUGGAUAUUGAUGAGGAUGAGCCACAAACUACAAUCACAAAUUCCAGUCCUGAUCUAGUAAAAGUGUGAUUAAUGUAUAUUGUACAAUGCAUUUUUAAAAUAAAAAUUAAUUACCG